UUGCGGGCUUUAAAGCAAAUUAGCAGUUUUCCUGGUCGGCGGCCCGUGAUAUUACUGAUUUGAAUAUGUGAAUAAAUUACUGAAUUGCGUUUAACAGCUUGGGUUUUUGCGGUAGACACUUGAAAUUUUCACGAUAUUAUAAUACGGUAACUCGGAGGUGAAAUUCGACGGGGCAACCUGAAAUUUGGCGGGGAGUUGUAUGGAGGUAUUAUAAUGGCGCUUGUGGAGUUUCACCCCACUCGGACUUUGUUUGGUAACGCUACGGCCGCUAUGGCUCCUAAUCAUUUACUUAUCGGAUAUUGACGCUGGUGGAUAGUUAGUAUGGAUGAACGAUUGGAUUACGAGAAGAGUAAAAACUAUUGGUCUAAUGUCCCUGCUUCGGUGAAUGGCAUGCUUGGCGGGUUCUCCUGUGUGACGAAUAUGGACAUCAAGGAUUCUGAUCUCUUCCUUAGAAAAUUGUUCCAAAUGAAAGAUGGUCCGUCCAAUGGUCGAGUUUUAGACUGCGGUGCUGGCAUCGGCAGGAUAUCUGAAAACCUCUUGUGCAAACACUUCAAAUGUGUUGAUAUGCUGGAACAGGACGAAAAGUUUUUGGAGAAAGCCAAACUGAAAUGUCGAGGGGCUAAUGUAGAAAAUUUUUACUGUUCUGGAUUACAAGAAUUCACGCCAACCGACAAUCAAAAAUAUGACGUCAUAUGGAUCCAGUGGGUUCUUGGUUACCUUACGGAUGAUGAUUUGAUCAAGUUCUUGAAAAAGUGUAGUAAAUUAUUAAACACAAAUGGCGUUAUAGUCGUUAAAGAAAACAUUUCUCAGGACGAUGAAGGAGAAAUAGAUGCAGUAGACAGUUCAAUAACAAGGAGCUUCAUACAGUAUUGUAUUAUAUUCCAGCAAGCAAAUUUAAUAUGUAAAGCAAGCAGAACCCAAAAAAAUUUCCCAUCAGAAUUGUAUAAAGUUAAAAUAUUUGCAUUACAACCAGCUAAUGACAAAUCAAAUUCUUGAUAAAUAUAUUUAUGUGUAAUACACUUAAAAUAUGAAAUUUA